AUCGUUUCGAGCGAGAAGAAUCACCGCCUCCCGCCCUUGUACCUGCUAAUUGCGGGAGCUGCAGAGCCUUUUGCCGUGUUUUUGCACCAUGUUCCCGGUUCCACCCCCUCCUCCCCCGUCAGUCGGCUCAUUCCAGGGCAAGACCGCCCCACUACCCCAUCAGCGGCCUUAUGUGGGCCCCCCCGGUCCUCUGCCAUAGUUCGGAAGGCCGCCAAUGCCGGUCACGCCGCCCAACGGGCGCUUCGUCCUGACGGUGCUGCAGAGAGGUCCUGGACCGGCCAGGCAGUCGCCUUUGCCACCCCCGCCCUCCAUGCUAGGGUUUACACCGCCCACACCCCUGUCGGGCUGCCCGUCGGCCCGACACCGGACGCCGGCUGUCCCGUUUGUGCCGCCGAAAUUCAUCGCUCAACCUAUUGUCAAGGUCGGUCAGUGCUUCUUCACGCUUCGGUCUUUUCUGCACUGCAUGAGCUUCACACGUGUGUGUGUCCUUUGGUCGCUGUGAGCAGGAGAGAGUCAUCGAGAUCGAGAAACACGAGAUCGAGGAGCAGGUCGUGGAACUGCCCCAAACCGUGUACAAGGAGAAGUUCGUUGAGGUACCCAAGAAGGUACGCCUGUGUCAGACAGACAGACAGACAGACUGUCGGUCAUAUCUCCUUCCGCUAACAGGUCAUCCAGCAUCGUAUAGUUUAUGUUCGCAAGCCUCGGGUGAAUCGGGAGCCUUAUCGGGUGAGCAGACUGUAGGAAAGAUGGGCAGACGAGAGCACAGACGGGAGGAAAGACACACGCGUCUCCUCUCCUUGACCUGCGUCUUCCUUUCUCAGCCUGUCCAGGCCCAUCGCAUGGCCAGUGUGCAGCCACCGAUGGACAGGAAUAUGGUGUCGUUGCAGAGACCGGUGGGCGAGAGACACCUGCUUACCAGCCACCGACAGACAGCAUGACGUGUUAUGUCUCUCUCCUUGUCUCUCCUUUGUGCAGGGUGUGCACGGCGCUGCUUUGGUGAGCCCACGUCUGCCUCACGUGCGCCCGCCAACUUUCGAGCACAUGGCAAGCAAGAGCAAAGGAACCGUGAUGGCUCAUGUCCAUUUGUGCACAUGCGCAGAUGAGUAACCCGUUUGCGGCUCCGCCCCCGGCGCAUGGUCCGUCGCGCAGGCUGGAGCAUCUGUGGUCGCAUCCUCCGCCGCCAGUCGAGACGGGGGUGCCGACGGUGGCGCGGGACAUGGGAAGGGCCCCGGGUGUUGGCGAUGUCGGUGGCAUGGCCAUGCCGCCCAUGGGAACACCGGCCAGGGUGGUGCAGUACGGUCAGACUGGUGCUGUUCGACAGGGAGCUGGCGGGACCUGCCUGACAGUUGGUAGUGGCAUGGCGUCGCCCAUGAUGGCGCCCAGGACGAGCCACCAGUACACGCAGGCUGGCGCUGGUCGGGAGGCAUCGCACGGCACAUCCCUGACACACACGUGAGCGGGGCAAUUGAGCUGACACAGGGAGGGAGAGACGAGGCAGAGACAGAGAGACGUGAAUGAUGUGUGUUUAUGUGUCUCCCGUGGGCUGUGUGUGCGUGUGUAUGCAGGCGUGACGGUUCCCGUUUGGUACGCGUGGACUUAUCGUCUCCCAGUCGCAGAGUAUGCUCCCCAUGUUCGCCGCCGGUGUGUCCACCGUUGCUCCGCUCGCCGCCCCCUGCCCGGCCAGGCGGCCCGCUCAACCAGCGGCGCGGCAACACUGCCAGGCGACAGCCGCCCCUGCCGCCAUACAUGCGCCGCCGCUCGUGAGGCCAAGACAGAAGGAAGGAGACACGAAGAGGCAACGGCCCGAGGGUUUGUGCGUUCAUGUGCAUGAGGCAAUCAAUGCGACAUAGCUGCAUGGAGCUAUAGGCGUUGAUUGGACAUUCAGAUUCGAUUGGACUGUCGUCUCAUGUGCUUGACGACACUUACCAGACCAUGCAUGCC